CAAAGAAACGUUAACCCUAACCCUAACCCUAACCCUAAUUUCCUAGGGGAAAAGAGAAGGGGGCUUCUUGAUGCCGAGCGAAGGGUGGAGGAGGAGAGAAGAGAUCUGAGGAGAGGAAGAAAAGGAAGAAAGGAAGAAAGGAAGGAGAUGGGGGCUCCGAAGCAGAAGUGGACGUCGGAAGAGGAGGAGGCUCUGAGGGCCGGCGUGGACAAGCACGGCGCCGGCAAGUGGCGGACCAUCCAGAAGGACCCCGAGUUCAGCCACUGCCUCGCCACCCGCUCCAACAUCGACCUCAAGGACAAAUGGAGGAAUAUGAGUGUUAGUGCUAGCGGCCAUGGAUCUCGGGAGAAGAUAAGGACACCAAAAGUAAAAGGUCUGCCUGCUAUUCCGUCAUCAAACUCUCAGAACCUCACUGUUUCUGCCCUGAAAAAAGAUGAUGGAGUACAAGCAAUGGUGGAUUCUACAAAGAACUCGCAAGAUGGGAAGAAUCCUCCUCGGUACACUGCAAUGAUAAUCGAAGCACUUGCGGCAAUGCAAGAGCCAAAUGGUUCAGAAAUUGGUGCAAUUUGUAGCUUUAUCGAGCAACAAAAUGAUGUACCACAGAAUUUUAGGAGGUUGCUUAGCUCAAAGUUAAGACGGCUUGUUGCGCAGAAUAAAAUAGAAAAGGUUCAAAGGGGGUACAGGCUCAAAGAUUCCUCGUUUGCAACAAAAACUCCUACCCCAAAACAAAAGGAUCCGGCAAACCGCUCGAAGCUGCCUCAAAACUCUGGAUCUUGCAACGCUAUAAACCCUGUCGAGGAUGCAGCGAUAACUGCUGCUUACAAAAUUGCCGAUGCAGAGGCCAAAUCAUUUUUUGCAUCUGAAGCAAUCAAGGAGGCGGAGAAGAUAUCCAAGAUGGCUGAAGAGACAGAUUCGUUGCUGCUGUUAGCAAAGGAGAUCUUUGAGAGAUGUGCACGUGGUGAAAUCAUGACCUUGGCUUAAGCUGCACGACAGAAUUAUUGAUGGUAUCCUCGGGACCUGCUCUUGAUCGAUUAAACUUUUGUACAUGAAACUUUCUUUUCUUAGUGGUCAUUGGAAGCAUAGAAUUAACUUCUUGUGGUAAGAGAUACUUAACAGGAACAUAAUGGGAUCACCCUGUCAGGAAUGUAAGAUAAGCCUUUUGUAUAAAAUAUGCUAUUUUCAUCAGAUGACCACUGAAAUCGUUUGUUGCAUUGUUCGAUGAGGAGCAAUAGAUUCACCAUCUUCAUUCAAAUAAUUUUAGCAGCAGCAGCAAUCAACAGAUGAAGAAACAAGUAAAUACUCUAGACAGGAGAGGACAGAGGUCUACAAAAUCAUUCUGCUGUUGUUACUUUAUACCAUGUUUGAAUAGAUGUUGGUGAUUUGGCA